AUGGGCACUGGGGACACUGGUACCGAGAAUGCCAGCACCGGGCACAGGGGACACCGGCACACGGGAACCAGGGAUACCGGUACCAGGCACAGGGGACACCGGUACCGGGCACAGGGGACACCGGCACACGGGAACCAGGGAUACCGGUACCGGGCACAGGGGACACCGGCACACGGGAACCAGGGGCACCGGCACCGGGCGCAGAGGGGACCCUGGCACGUGGGGACCGGGCACAGGGGACACCGGUUGAGGAAUCGCGCUCCCUCCUUCUGCGACGAGUCCCUCUUCGGCUCCAAGCCCGAGGGUCCGGCCUGGGCAGCUCCACGGAUGAGGAACGAAGAGGUGGCCAAGCUCCAUCCGCUGCUCUGGAGCCCCCCGCCUGCUCCCCGAAGCCCGCCCGGCCUCUCCCCCCGCGCCAGGCAAGCGCCCCUGAGAGCCGUCCACCCGCCAGCCCCUGCGUCUCCUUCAGCACCAGGCUCUGCGGUGGGCGGCGAGGGCGAGUCCUGCGUCUGGAAGCGUCCCUUGAGCUCCGAAAGCCAGGGUGCUCCCGGCAGAGGACGUUCCCAGUCUCUCAGCCGGCUGAACGCCUCCUCGGACGGGCAGCGCCUGGCUUCAGACAGCGCCAAGACAGACAGGCGUAAAAACCAGAGCCCUCUGACAGCCCCUGCGACCCGCCGAGGGUCUCUGCUGAGGGGUCAAUCAAAAAGCGUGUCUGGACCUUCUGUGGCCAUCAGCUCCAAGGCGGUGGGUGGUUGCAAACCCAGGCCUCCCUGGAAGUGA